AUGGUUUUGGUUUUGCUCCUUCUACCAUUGCUCUUUCUAACCACCUCAACUUCAUCACCUUCGCAUAACCUUUCAUACCCUAAUUUCCAACACCUCAACGUGAAACAAACCAUUGCAGAAACAAAACUAAAGGUGAAGCCUUUUCAUACAACCAAACAACCCCAAGAAAACAAAAAAGCCAAAACUGAAACCAUUAGUGAGAAACCAGAAUCAGGAAAACUGAAACUGAAGCUUUUUCACAGAGAUAAAAUCCCUACCUUUACCAUUUCCCGUGAUCAUCGAAGCCGUUUCAAUGCACGAAUGAAGAGAGAUUCCAAAAGGGUCGCCGCCGUUGUGCGCCGUAUCGCCGGAGCUUCCGGGUACGAAGCAGAGGAAUUCGGGUCGGAUGUGGUUUCGGGUAUGGAGCAGGGAAGUGGAGAGUAUUUCGUUAGAAUAGGAGUCGGAAGCCCGCCAAAAAAUCAAUAUGUGGUUAUUGAUUCGGGUAGUGACAUUAUUUGGGUCCAGUGUCAACCUUGUACUCAAUGUUAUCGACAAUCCGACCCGGUUUUUAACCCGGAAGAUUCAUCUUCUUAUUCGGGUGUGUCUUGUGGCUCCACCGUGUGCAGCCGCGUGGAGAAUGCAGGGUGCCAAGAAGGGAGGUGCAAAUAUGAAGUUUCUUAUGGGGAUGGGUCAUAUACUAAAGGGACACUUGCUCUUGAGACUGUUACAUUGGGAGGGACAGUGAUCCAAAACGUGGCUAUCGGGUGCGGGCAUAGGAACCAGGGGAUGUUCGUAGGAGCAGCCGGGUUGUUGGGCCUUGGAAGUGGGCCUAUGUCAUUUGUGGGCCAAUUGGGCGGACAAACCGGUAGUAUGUUUAGUUAUUGUUUAGUUAGUCGGGGCAUUGAAUCGUCCGGAUCACUAGAAUUCGGACGUGAAUCGGUGCCCGUGGGGGCUUCGUGGGUUUCUCUGAUCCAUAAUCCACGGGCUCCGAGUUUUUAUUAUAUCGGGCUUUCAGGUCUAGGAGUUGGGGGCCUGAGGGUGCCUAUAUCGGAAGAUGUUUUUCGGUUAAGCGAAUUAGGUGAGGGAGGGGUGGUCAUGGACACUGGCACAGCCGUGACGAGGCUGCCUGUGGCGGCUUAUGACGCCUUUCGAGAUGCAUUUAUUGCUCAAACGACAAACCUGCCCCGGACAUCAUCCGGGGUAUCGAUUUUUGACACUUGUUAUGAUUUAAACGGGUUUAUGACGGUUCGGGUUCCAACCAUAUCAUUUUAUUUCUUGGGUGGGCCUAUAUUGACCCUUCCAGCAAGGAACUUCUUAAUUCCAGUGGAUGAUGUUGGAACUUUCUGCUUUGCAUUUGCUUCUUCUUCCUCUGGCCUUUCUAUCAUAGGGAACAUCCAACAAGAAGGGAUUGAAAUUUCAGUAGAUGGAGCUAAUGGAUAUGUGGGGUUUGGACCCAAUGUAUGUUAA